AUGUCUGCUGUUCGAAUUCCCGUUAUUGGUCGCGUCUACAGGGUGCUGUGCCCUGUAUGCAGUAACGAGGUCUUCUUUGAUUGUCGCAGCACGGCGGUGUAUGGUAUUCAAUGUCAUGUUUGUCAAACCCUUAUUGAUUUGCGAGAUCCAUCAGCACCGCUGUUGCCUAAUGAUCCCGGUGUACUCACAGAUCCUAGAAACGGUGAAAACACUGUAUGUUAUUCCCCAGAAGUAUUGGAAUCUGGUGUUGGUAGUAAUAGUAAUGGUCAUAGUAGUAAUAGUAAUAAUAAUUAUAAUGGUAGUAGUAACACUGUUGCUGUUCCUGUUGGGGGCUCCGCGAAGGCACAACUCUCGGCGGUGAUUGCGAGUGCGGUGGAAGAGCAGAAGAAGGAGAUGCCAACGACGAUGACAGGUGAAACCACUCAGGCCUUUUCAGCACGUCGAAUGCAACUCUUCUCGGAACGAAUGUCUUUUCUCUACCCAAUUGUUCACGUCAUUGAGUACAUUGUGUUUGGCACUAAACCUACUGCAACUAUUGGUUGUGUACGAAUAUUUCGUAAAUAUAUACCGUGUGUGGGAAAUGUUAAUAUACCUGUACCAAAAACAUCUGUAUCGUAUUCAUUCCCACUUUUUGCUGCUCUUGUACUCUAUGUGGUCUUCACAUAUGAUACGUACACUCUCGAUAACGCAUGGUUAUGGCAUAUGCAUAUUUAUGUUACUCUUUUACUUAUUUUCUUUGUGGUCGUUAUGGUAAAUACCGUAUACACAGAUCCCGGUUUUAUUCGUCCUGCUUACCUAGAUGAUCAAAAUGAUUAUCAUAUAGGUAAUAAUAAGAACGAUUACCACCGAAAUGCUGGAAAACAACUCACAUUAAAAGAUAUUGAGUUAAGACAGCGUGAGAGUAAGUGGGAAACUGUAAAUGGAGAACAGGUAGAACGUAAGUGGUGUUCAACGUGUGAGUUGUAUCGUCCUCCACGGGCAGCUCACUGUUAUCUCUGUGGUUUGUGUGUAAGUGAGCAUGAUCAUCAUUGUUCUGUUAUUGGUGUAUGUGUAGGCAUGCGUAAUUUACGAAAGUUUAUGUUGUUUGUCCUUUCCACUGUUGCACUGCCCUUUUUUCCCGCGGUGGUUCUCUCUACAGCCAUGUAUAGUAACAGUGAGAUAUUCAGUACGAAACAAUAUGUUUUUUCUAUGAUUCUCGUUAUUGUGAUGUUUGCGAUAUCAUGUUCCACAUUCUUUCUCUGUCUAUCGCUGAUAACAGGCAUUAUGGGCGGUGCCACCACACGAGAACGACUUCAAGGCGUUUAUGAUAACAGACGUAAUCCUUAUGAUUAUGGAUUAUGCCGCAAUUUAUUUGAAAUGUUACUACGGCGAAAUAAUCCUACCUUGUUUGAUGAUGACUUUGUGCGUCUCUGUGCAGUGGAGGUUGAUAAGAAAGAUUUACACGAUUUGAAAAAUAAAGGCCCACAUCCAAAGAGUGAGGAUACAGUGACGUGCGUCUGA